CGGCUCUUUACUUUAUCUUACCGCGAGUAGACCGGAUAUCAUGUACUCCGUUUGUAUAUGCGCUAGGUAUCAAUCAUGUCCUAAAGAGUCGCACUUGGUUGCGAUCAAAAGGAUAAUGCGAUAUCUCGCGGGCACGUUGAACGUAGGUCUUUGGUAUCCCAAAGGUUCGACAUGUCAUCUUGUUGGCUAUUCCGACUCGGAUUUUGCAGAGGGAAGAUGCCAAGGACCAAGAACGUCGCCUCGCGUCAGGAAACAGCGGCAGCGGCGCAAGAGGAAGAACGUCCAUGGCGUAAGGAAGGAACCAAAUACUUCCACAUUCAAACCGGGCUUGCCUUCAGGACGGGAGCAUCAGUUGAGAGGUUCCACAACAACUUUCUCACGAAGGAAAUCGUCUCACCAAAGAUUGUGGACAAGGACCUCUUCAAAUCGGCGACCUAUGCCCCGAGUAAGUCCAUUUUUGCUCAGCAAAAGUUGCUUCGUUUUAUUCACUUGACAAACUCUAGCAACCCGAGUGUCAUCAACCUCACUUUGAUUCAACGCAUUCAACAAUACAUCUUCUCUUAUGUUUUGUUGCCCCGUGAUUCGAACCAUGGCGUUGUCAACAAGGAUGAUAUUCGUUUGUUUCACGUCCUGUUGAACGAUGUCAAAUUUGAUUGGGUUCACUUCUUUGUCGUUGCACUGAGUGAUGGUACUCGUUUUUCCCAUCUCCGUUUUGCCAUCCCGAUCAUGCAUAUCCUUGCUCGUAGCAAAGUGGAUUUUACUCGGGACACUCAGGUACCGGUGAAGAAGACUUGCUAUAUCACGGAAGCCAAGUUCACCCGGAUUGUCUACCGCGAGGAAAAUGAGCAAAAUCUGGAUUUGGUCAUUCCAGAUGAAGUGUAGAGAGAGACAGAAGCUGAGUCAUCUCAGGCCGGAGGAAGUCGAACCACGGAACGCGUCACUCGUCAACGCAAGACUCGUCCGAGAGAAGAAGCACACAACCUUCUUGGGUGAAGAGAAUCUUUGAUACUCUCACUUGCUCAACGAGAGGAUGACUCGUAU